GUUCAACCUCUUCAUACUGAUUAUCGAGUCAUCAUUGAAGAGAACAUUAUUUCUUUGUCUUAUUUAAGGUGAUAGAGUAGCGAAUUCUAGAACAAGGUUUAACCUUACCUUGGGUGCUGGUUUCUAUCCUUUACAAGCUUGCAAUCUGUUAAAAAAUAGAACAGGCAGCCAAACAAACGCCGGCACAAUCUAUUAGAAAUUAGGUGGAGGUUCCAAGUGCCUUAUUAUGGUCCACUAAACAAGAGAGUGCUUGCUUGCAUGUCGAGAAUGUAACUUGCAGAGUCAUAAAAUCAAUGGAGUGUCCCCCCAUUCAAUCGCCACAUGCAAAACAAAACAUGGAAACCGCGUCUGAAGCACAAUCUUAUUCCACCAAAAUAUACUUGGCCGGCUCCUAACACAUGUUUCAAGCUUAUCUCAAUAUAAUUUUGAUUUGCAAGAUUCAAUAUUAUGUUUAUUAAAUAUCACGUAAUGAAGCAAAGCUGAAUCGGAUAUGAUGUAAUUUUUAGUUUUCAAUCUUAAUAAUUUAUGUCAUUUGUGUUUUUAUACCAAGAUAAUCUAACAAAUUAAGAUUAUAGUAAAUAGAAUUUCACCUAAAUUUUUUGUUAAUUUUACUUGUAGCCAUGAACCUUAUUGAGGCCUGGCUAUAUGAUGGAUGAUGAACUACCACAUUUAAUUAAUUAAUAAUUGACCAUUCCAUUACCUUAAUUUCCCGACCAAACAUUCUUGAUACCUAAAAAAACACAAAUAAAAUAGAUUUAUCUACCUUUUCCUUUGCUUUGCUUAUAAAUAUGCCUUCCAUCUUUCCAUCUCUCAAUUCCAUAAUUUUCCUAGACAUUCAUCUUCAAAAUUCUGACUUGUUAUUUCAUGGAUUGCUUAGUGUUGCCUAUCUCCUUAUUGCGAAAAUGCGGCACCGCAUCACAGCUAGGUUACCAGCGUCUACCGGAGGACAUACGUGACGAGUUGGACCAGAAAGUGACAGUGGUGGUAGGGAAAGAGAAGAACGAGUUCCUGAUCGACCCUUUCAUGUUAGAGGAGAAUCCAUUCCGGGUUUUGAUAGACGUAAUGAAGGAAGAAUACGGUAGCGAAGUAAUAAUGGAUGCAAAAGGAGAGAAGAAAAGGGUGAAUUUGGUGGAACUGGAUGUGAUCUUGUUUGAACACAUGCUUUGGUUGAUGAACAAUGAUUGUUGUUGUUCAUUGCUUCAGCUUAAUAAUGUCAAGGACAUUAUCGAUUUCUAUGUUGAAGAUGAUUAAGAGUGCAAAAGAGUUAGCUUUAAGGUACAUUGUUUUCAAUCACUAGUUUAUGCUUAAAUGAUGAAUCCCUUAGAUGCUGUAUGUAUGUAUGUAGUGAAUUACACCAUGUUUCUAACUUGAUUUCAGAUUCUCCAAUUCACCAAAGAAUUAAUACAUAUUGAUAUCAAUAUGAACCAUUUUUUGUGCACUA